AUGAGUAGCCCAUCACGGAAGCGUGAUAUGGUGAAGGCAUACUUUUCGAAUAAGUAUGAUAAGGUGUUGGACUCUCUGCUGGUUGCUGAUACAACUGCGGCGUUAGCACAUGGAACCGGAGUUGACUCUAGUACUAAAAAGAUACCAAAUAUGGACGUGGUUCACGGCAUAGCGAGUUCCCUAUUCAACGCAUCAGUAGAGCGACUGAAAGCCGAAAAGAACGGAUGGUCAAUGUCGAGUAUAGCAACUGAAAGCUCCGAUGACUUUUGGAAGGAUGAGAACUUCAAACAGGAAACCAAUACCGAUGAAGGUUCCACUACGAUGGAGAGCGUUGAGAAAACUGCAGUUAAAAUCGAAAACAAGACAAGAGAGCACUUCGUGGAUCUCUUCGUAGAGAAGCUUAUUGCCAGAAUGAUUCCGGACAAGCUGCCAGAGAGGGAGCAUUUUGGAGAACUAUCAGAAGAAGAGAGGAGGAAGGCCCAGACGGUCUCUGCUACUGUACUUAGCAGUAAUCUGAAAAAAUUGACGCCAAAAAUGCCCAUUGUAUUUGAGUUACAAGAUUCUAUCGUGCGUCUGUUAACGUGGAGGAACCCGUCUGGAACGGUGACGAUGUUAAUUCUUUGCACAAUGAUAUGUUACAAUCCCAUGUAUUUGAUUACGAUGCCACUGCUCUAUAUUGCAUUUGGACUUAUGGUACCCGGUUACAUUCGUAGGCACCCUUUGCGGAGAGCACUUUACCCAGUACGAAGAGUUUAUGGAAGAUCACUGAUUGAGGAAAUUGCUGACAGUGGGGCAAGGAGAACUUCGGGAUCAGCAAGCAUUCACAAAUAUUCAUACAAUGGGGAAGCAGCCGAAUCGGGCUCUCCAGCGCUGGAAGAUCCUCUUAGCAACCGGGUAGAGUUUGUCUCGAAUUUACGUGACUUUCAAACUGCUUCCACAGCAACAGUUCAGAUGUCAAACUCACUCGAAAGAUUUCUGUACGGUACUGCAGGUUUUAAAGAUGAACGGCAUUCAACCGUUGUAUUUUUGAAAUACAUCUUUUGGUUCUGCUUUCUUGGAGCAGUUUCGAAAUUUGUGAACUGGAGCUUUGUGCUCAGUGCAUGGUUAUGGUACGCUAUGAUUAAAUCACAUCCAAAGGUGAAGAAGAAGCUUGAAGCCUUCAAAACCAAAGGUACUAAAACGACGGAAGUAAAGCCGAAGAAGGAAGGGUUACAAUUGAUACUUGAUGAGCCACCGGAGGUCAAAUUAGUGGAAAUAUAUGAAAUUUACAAACAAGGAAUAACUCCUCGUCAUUGGGACUUUUAUAAAUACUCAAAUCAAGUGUUCGAUCCCCUUGAUAAGUACAGGAAGCUACAGCAGCCCCCGCCUGGUGUGGAUAAUUUAAAUGAUGUUUAUGCACCCUCAACAUGGGUUUUUGACGAAAAUUCAGCCUGGGACGUGGACUGGAACGUAAAAAAAUGGGCAAAUGAGCGUGGUCUUCAGUAUACUACCGAUGGCGAAUUUCUAGUUGACGAUAUGUUCAAGAGACGAAGGUUGACGCGCAGAGUACUAAGAUACGCCAAUCCUGUAAUUAAACCAUCAUAUAAAAAAUAG